CGACACGUCCGACAAUAUUUGUACGACAUAUAUAAUAUUAGCCUACGACUACUUAAAUAUAAAAUCCAACUAACGAAUACCGCUCUCAGGCUCAAAUCAUUUUGGCGUGGUCCAAACUUAAUUAAUUUCAAUUACAACAGUACGACUUUCAGCAUUUGUCGAAGUGUACUUUCGUGAUUAUGGAAAAUAUAAUUAAUAGUAAUAAUAUUAAAAAAGAGCAACUACGAUGUUUCGUUUGCGAAACUGACAUUCAGGGACGCUAUUAUUAUCUGGCUACAUGCAGAACGCAAAGUUCGCGAUCGAGGGUGAUCGAAAAACUCGGGGAGUUAGUCGGCGAAAGAUAUAUGGUUGUGAUAUCUGAGGACGACGUGAUCUGCCGUAGUUGCGCCAAUCAUAUUAACACUCUCGACAGGCUAGAAGUGGAAACGCGUAACGUACGAAGUUACAUUUUAAGAUUUUUAGAGCGGAAAUAUUGUCUGGAAAAGGGUGAGCUUCUAGACAAUAGCGAUAGACCAAGACCAAGUCAACCACCACAGAUCACAAAGUGCAACUCCACAGAAAUUAUCAGUAGUUGCAUCAAACAAAGCAAAGUUGAUUCCGAAAUAUACUCACAUACUAGAAAUCAACAACAACAGCAGCAGCUGAAGCAGUCCCACUUGCUGGAAUGCGACAAGUGUAAAUACACCACACAUAUCAACUCAUUUAUGAUGUAUCACAUAAAUGAUCACAUAAAGCAAAAGGAAUUCUAUGAUAAAUGUGGACUAUAUAUUCCUGGAAGUCAGGAGGAAAUAUUACACAGUUGUAGGACAAUUGUAGAACAACCAGGAAGCAAUUAUAACAAAGAUAAUUCAGAGAUUACUGGUGAGGACUUGAUAGAUGUGUCACUUUUUCACAAGGUAACACGACAACUUCUACCAGUUCAAAUAACUCAGACUACUUCAUCCCCUCUGACUGAUGCAUCGAGUUGUGAAUAUAUUUCCAGUGCAUUGUUGCCAGAAAACAAUUUUCCUACAUCCUCCAAGCAAAUCCCCUCCUUUCAUCCUGUGGAAAUAGGCAAUAUUGUAAUGGACGUCUCAAGUGGAAAAAUGACGAGAAUAUCGGAGAAAACAUAAGAGAAAAUAAGAAACAAAAACGAUCGUAGAUCGA